GCUUGUCUUGGGAUCCAUAGUUGCCGGUAUCACACUUUUCGCGGCAAUCGAUCGAAUAGAUACAAUUUGGUCUAUCUCAUAUGUAAUUGUUCCACACAAAGCCAAUAAUAAUAGCUGCCGCCAUUCGAUUUUCCCGGUUUGUUUCCUCGCUGUUUACUAAUUACCUAGACAGUUAUUAGUCUACAAGUACAAGUACAAGUCCGGCCUUCCCUCUCCAUUCCUCCUUUCUACUUUUUUCUCGUACACAAACUUGCCCAAUACCUUCUUGAUUUAUUGAAUUUCUGAUUGACGGUACCUUGCAAUAUACCCAUUUGUACCAAUUGCACUCUUGAACAUCGCAUAUAAAUAAAUAACCGCGGGGUAAGGUGUUGUAGAAACCAAGACCAUGCUUCGCACAACAGCGACACGCUCUCUCUUGAAGAGCUUCACAAAACUUCCCACCUCUCGAGCAAGCUAUUCUCAAGCUUCCGCAGCUCUCAAAAAUACCUCUUCUUUCCGCACAUCAAUCUCCAAACGCCCUGCAACCCUCUCUUCCCGUCUCUUCUAUGCCACCAAAUCCGAACCUCCUUACCUCCCCGACGAAAUAAAUUUCAAAGAAGAAGAAAAGAUCGCAAAACAAACAAUCGAACCUCACCCCGAAUCCGUAUCAUCACAGUCCUCCGUUCGUCCUGUGUUCGAGGAAAACCCACACCACGAAGGCCACGGAUCGGUCAAAGAUGAUUUGGAAACUAUCAAGGAAACAUUUGCUCUACGGGAGGUUCCCAAGGAAUCUUUGAUAAUUGGUGCUGCGGGUGUUUUACCUUAUGCUGCUACAUCGGCUUCUACAGUGUAUUUGGCUUACGAUAUCAAUCAAGCAAACGCUACUGGACAAGGCAUCUUAUUUUCACCCGAGACGGCUCACCAAUUGUUGGAGUAUAUUACACCUAUUCAAGUUGGAUAUGGUGCUGUUAUCAUUUCCUUCCUCGGUGCAAUUCACUGGGGUCUUGAAUAUGCAGGUUAUGGAGGACAUCACAGCUACCGUCGAUACAUGAUCGGAGUUGUUGCUCCUGCUGUCGCAUGGCCUACUAUACUUAUGCCAGUGGAAUACGCGUUAAUUACCCAAUUCACCGCUUUCACAUUCCUCUAUUUCGCAGAUGCCCGAGCAACAGUUCGAGGAUGGUGUCCUCCCUGGUACAGCACAUAUAGAUUUGUCUUGACAUUUAUUGUGGGAGCGGCGAUUGUGGCAAGUUUGGUCGGUAGAGGAAGAAUUGUCAGCCAUGAUAGACAAUUGAGAAGUGCAGUUGAUUAUGUCAAGGAAGACAGAGAUGGUCAGUGGAUAGCAUUGGAACAGGAGGAGAAGAUGAGAAGGGCGAAGUUGGCUGAAGAGGAGAAGGCGGAUGAGGAGGAGGAGGCACAGGAUGAAUCCGGAGAUGAGGAGGAGAGUGAUAAUGAAGAAGAGAAGAAGGAUGAGAAGAAGUAAAUUAGCAUCCGAGUUUGUACAUAUCUACUUUCUCUCCAUCUGCCUUCGUCAUCCCGUUUUCCCCGGAUAAAUUAAUGUCUGAUAUCACUUCGGCUUCAAUUCAAAUUAAUCCAUUUAUGCAGAAGUAUUUUCUAGUAUAUAGCAAGUUAUCAAAUGUACAGAAAAAAAAAUCAAUAAUGUCCUCGUCACCA